AUGCCUGUGGCUGGGGGCCGGGGGCUCCCUAGCAGUGGAGUUGUCGCUGAUUUCUUUGAGGUGAGGUGCCUGGGCUAGCCUGGCUUGGGCUUCUCGUUGGCUCAAGUCAGGUCAGGUCAGGUCCGCGCUUGGGGGGCCCGGGGGCAGGUGCUUCUCUCUCCCUCCCCGUCCCAGUCCCAUCUCUUGCUUCUCUUUCCCCUUUCCCAAACUUGAUCUCCCCAUCAACGUUACCGACGUCGCCUUCGAUCUCUCUUGGGGCUUUCCCCUUCGACCGCCUUUACUUUCGACUCGAAUCGAUCGCCUCUGAGCUGCCUGAUUCUAUUCUUUUUUGGCAUCUCUUCUUUUAAUUGAGGCAUCGUUUUAUUGCGCCAGUUUCGACAUUAAGUACGAGUUACGCCUUUAUCCUACGACCAACCCUCCGGCAUCUGUUUCGAUAUAUUGCCGCGGUGGUCCUCUGACCGCCUUCGCCGCCUAAAUGGCUUCGUCAUCAUCCAACGUGGUCGGUGUUCACUACCGAGUUGGCAAGAAGAUUGGAGAGGGAUCUUUUGGUGUAAUUUUCGAAGGCACCAAUUUACUCAACAAUCAGCAAGUCGCUAUCAAGUUUGAACCUCGCAAGAGUGAUGCCCCCCAACUGCGAGAUGAGUACCGGACGUACAAGAUCCUUGUGGGCUGCCCUGGUAUUCCGAAUGUUUACUACUUCGGCCAGGAGGGUCUCCACAACAUUCUCGUGAUCGACUUGCUAGGUCCUUCCCUUGAGGAUCUUUUUGAUCACUGUGGCCGAAGGUUCUCUAUUAAGACGGUUGUCAUGGUUGCCAAGCAAAUGCUUUCGAGGGUUCAGACCAUUCACGAGAAGAAUCUCAUUUACCGCGAUAUCAAGCCCGACAACUUCCUCAUUGGCCGCCCUGGCACCAAAGCUUCCAGCGUGAUCCACGUGGUUGACUUCGGCAUGGCCAAGCAGUACCGUGACCCGAAGACGAAGCAACAUAUCCCAUACCGCGAGCGAAAGUCCCUUUCUGGAACUGCACGAUACAUGAGUAUCAACACCCAUCUUGGCCGUGAGCAGUCCCGCCGAGACGAUCUCGAAGCUCUUGGUCAUGUCUUCCUGUACUUUCUUCGAGGUGGUCUUCCUUGGCAGGGAUUGAAGGCGGCCACCAACAAGCAGAAAUAUGAGAAGAUUGGCGAGAAGAAGCAGACAACUGCUAUCAAGGAUCUCUGUGAGGGUUUCCCUGAGGAAUUCUCCAAGUAUCUGACGUAUGUCCGAAAUCUGGGUUUCGAAGACACUCCUGACUACGAUUACCUGCGGGAGCUCUUCACACAGGCUCUCAAGAACACUGGUGAGGUUGAGGAUGGCGAGUAUGACUGGAUGAAGAUUUCGAAGGAUUCGGGAAAGGGAUGGGAUUCGAAGAACCACAGCGGCGCGUACCUCCACAACCCCAACGUGCGGCCUGGCCCCUCUCAGAUGGAGCUGCACAGCGGCCACCGUCCCGGGAAUACCACCUCUCACCAACAAGCACAAAACCUUACUGUCGGCCGUUUAAACGCCGCGCAACCCCCUCCUCCGUCUCCGAUCAAGCAGAUGGGCAAGCAGAGAGAUCGGCCAAGCGCCCCCGGCGCCUUGUCAGCGCAGAGGGGGAGCGGGGUUGGGGGUCUUCGGGACAUGGCCACACCCACUGGCUCGACCCAGGCUCAGUUCCAGAACAGUGCCCAGAACCUGCCUCAGCAGCCGAGGACGUCCCAGCAAGGCCAGGCGACUCAGGCCGCCCAGGCUAGCGGCCAACAGGCCAAUCCCCAGCCCAGUGGCUUCCAGAAGUUGAUGAAGACCCUAUGCUGUGGUUAAGCAUACUCUGGUAUACGGCUAAGAAUUUUCUUUGUUUCUUCAUUGCUGCGGCGUUGUGCAUCAGGAUCUGUAUUGUGUCAACAGACUCCGGUUCAAGAGGAUUGCCCGAUUUACUCAGAACCGGGUCGUGGUUGAUGGUUGAAAUGCCCAAUUGAAGCUCAGUCCAGUUUAUAGAUGCAUGAGGUGGUGGAUGCAUAGUAGAGCUUACCUCGACCGAGUUGGUUCGAGUCACAAACGAAGUCCAUGCAUCUUGGCCACCUUCAGAAGCGCACUGUUUUCGAACACGAACCCAUCAUCUCGGCAUUAUAGAGCCCUUUGGCCGCCUACGAACCGUUCUUGGGAGUCGAUAUACUUGCCUGACACCCCUUGGAGCGGAAGCAGAUCUCGUUUGGGACUACGGCGGAGGGCACUCCUUUCUCUUACCUGACAAACCAUCACGAAAUAUACUAAAACCACGUUUAAUCUUCAGCGCAGCGCAGCAAGGCGCAAGGAGACGGUGCAGGGCAGCAUUUCUGGGUUUGUCUGGGUUGUUUCUUCUCUUUUUUCUUAUGACGCUAUCCAUAAUAACUUUGUGUAAUCGCUCACGAGACGAAAGCCAUCAUUGGUGUGCCUGAUGGCACCCAGUCUUGCCUGGUGUAGAUGGAGAGAUCAUCUAGCGUGGGGAUGAGUUUGAGGUUUACAGGCUUGGUGAUUUGUUGUGAAACGAAGAUAGAGCACUAUAGGGAGUUCUCGUUCUUUUGGCAAUUUUAUAAUGGGAAAAGAAAAAAGGCGUCGCUAUCUUUAUCACAGUUCUCAGUUCCACUCUUUCGAGUAUUCAUUUGAGUAAACCUUAUAAACAUCAUCAUGUGCAUGUAACAUUACACGGCCAUCUUGAAUGAAAGAUGACUUCCCCGCUGUGGCUUGGAUGCCCAACGAUCUCUUUUAUCCUUUUC